AUGAGCCAGCUGAGUAAGGAUAAGCAGGAUCUUAGAUUGAAAGUCAAAUCGGCGUUGGAGGCUGUUGUGGCAAUGGACGAAAGCCUUACGAAGGAUUUGAAGAGUGUGAAAGAUGGGAUUCAGAAAGGGAUUCAGAAUGUGAUUACGAGUUUGGAAGUUGAGACUUUGGAUAAGAAAGUGAGAGAUGAUUUGAAGACGUUGAAACAAAGGAUUGAGAAACUUAACGAGCAAGUUGAACCGCCUGGUGGUCUUGUAAGUGGUCAGUUGGAACAGCUCAAAAAUGCCGAAGAGGAGUUCAAUCAGAAGACAAAUCCAAUUACUAUGGAAACUAGGAACCUGGACCAGAAUUUUAAGAGUGCGAUCCAACAGCCGCUUACCCAGGCGGUCACUGCAGUUGACACGGCGAUUGAGGCGCUUGGCGGGAAUUUUAAAGAUCUCAAAAAGGAUCAAAAUAAAAUUUCAGGCAUUUUAGAACAUAUUAAAGAUAAGGUUGCGGAGAUUAAGGGGAAGGGAGGUUCAGGUUGGGACAAUAAAGGUGGCUCAGGUCUGGAGGGGAUUGCGUAUGGGUUGAUUAGCUGCUACGCCAAUGCUUUCAAGGAUACGUUUGAGAGUAUUUAUCUUGAGGAAAGGAAUGGUGGGAAAUCGCUGUGUAAGACGGUGAGGGAUCAUUUUCCCGAGCUUUUUACAGUGCGUGAUGGAAUUAAAGACGCGAUUAAGAAUGAGCUUCAAAGUGAAAUUAACGCUGGCAAGGGGCAGGUUAAGAUAUCCAAUGGGGAAAUCGCAAAAAGCAUUGCAUCUGUGAAAAAAGGCUGUGAGACAUUUGCCAGCGGGCUCGAUAACAGACUUAAGGAGGGAAUUGGUAAUAUGGCAGGGCAGAUAUUCGGGAGGAUCUCAAAGGGGAUUAACCGGGGCAAGGAACAAGAAAUUAAAUAUGCCAUAGAAGCCACGGUUCUUGGUCUCUCUGCUACCACCAGUCAGGUGGCCAAUGAGAUUAAUUCUAUUCUGCUCGAGACCAGGGUGGGGGACAAAUCAAUCGCAGAGGUAUUGGACAAAGUGGUUAAAGAUACCGGAUAUCUUGACGGUCAGCUAAAAGGAGCGAUUGAACCACCCAGCUCACAUGCCUCCCUGUCUCCGACGGCAAAAGCCCCGCCCAAGUCGUGGACACUGCGAUCAGUGGGGAACAACGUCAAACAUGAUCUUCAAAAGGCAGUUGAAGGACUCCCCGGUGCCGUCACCCAGUUCAACGAUGCCGCCGUAAAAGAAAUCAAGGAGGCGGCCAAGACAGAUAUGCAGGCUGUGCAAAUCAUUCUUAAUCACAGUCAAUUCAUAUUCCAGCCUGUAUUUUUUUCAGAUGUUUCAAGUCCCUUUUUGCCUCCCUCGCUAAGGUACGAAUUUCUGUGCACAGCUCGUUGA